AUGUCUAAUACUAAUUCAUCAAAAUCAUCAACAUCAUUGUUGGAAAUAAGUGAAAAUAAAACUAUAAGUGACAUGGAUUUAGAUAACAUAGCUCGUUAUGUUAUUGGCACCCAACAAAGAUUUCGAGAAAAUAUUAUAAUUCCAAGAACUGUGGGUCCCGUACAACUUAAAACUAAUGAACAGAAAUUAAUAGAAAGUGCGAUGGAAAGUUGCAUCUUCAAAAGCAUUGCGAGUUGUGUCAUAGGGUACGGCCUAGGAGCUGCCAUAGGUUUAUUUUCAUCCAGUGUAAAUCCAAAUGUAGCAAGUGUUGAGAAACAGCAAACUGUACGUGAAGUUUUUAGAGAGAUGAAAACUACAACGCUAGGUUAUGCAAAAAAUUUUGCCGUAGUUGGUUGUGUAUUUUCAGCAAUUGAAUGUGCAAUAGAAUCGGUAAUAAUUUAUUAAAUUCAAUAUAAAAUUGUAGUUUAACUUAUAUUUAUCUAUAUAUCACAGUUUCAUUUUAUAAUUUCAUUUUAGUAUAGAGGAAAAAGUGAUUGGAAGAAUGGAACAUAUGCUGGUGGUUUAACAGGAGGAAUAAUAGGAUUAAGAGGUAUUAUUUUAUGUUAAAUUUAAAUACUUGUACUUAAAUACAGUCUUAUAUUUUAGCUGGUGUAAAAGCAGGUUUGAUUGGAGCAGCAGGUUUUGCAGCAUUUUCAACAGCAAUAGACUAUUAUAUGCAUCGAUCUUAA